ACUUCCCGUUAUCUCUUGAAUCAUGUGGACGUGUUUUAGUUUCAGUCUUAUUAGUUUGGACACUAUCACAUUAUUACCUGUCAAAUAGUGAUACGUAAGAUUUCAAAAACUAAAGGUAGUGUCCUAUUAAAAUGCCAACCGAUAUUAAAACUUUUAUUAAAGACUUUUUAGCUGGAGGUAUUUCUGCUGCGAUAGCAAAAACAGCGGUUGCUCCAAUUGAACGAGUUAAAUUGAUUUUACAGGUUCAAGCAGCUAGCACUCAGAUUUCGCCCGAGAAGGAAUAUAAAGGUAUAAUAGAUUGUUUCAUACGUAUUCCGAAAGAACAAGGGUUUUUGAGUUACUGGAGAGGUAAUUUAGCCAAUGUACUUAGAUACUUUCCCACACAGGCAUUAAAUUUUGCUUUUAAAGAUGUAUAUAAAUCAAUGUUUAUGGGAGGUAUUGAUAAAAAUAAACAGUUUUGGAGGUAUUUUGCUGGAAAUUUAGCUUCCGGAGGGGCAGCAGGAGCCACAUCUCUAUGUUUUGUUUAUCCACUUGAUUAUGCCAGGACUCGUUUGGGAGCGGACGUUGGUAAAAAUUUAAAAGAGAGACAGUACACUGGACUGAUAGAUUGUAUUGUAAAAACUUUUAAAAGUGAUGGAAUGAUUGGUUUGUAUAGAGGCUUCAUGGUAUCAGUUCAAGGAAUUAUUAUUUACCGAGCAGCAUACUUUGGUUUUUUUGAUACCGCAAAGGGUAUGCUACCAGAUCCAAAGAACACACCUUUCAUUAUUUCAUUUAUUAUUGCACAGACUGUGACCUCUUUUUCUGGAAUAAUUUCAUAUCCAUUUGACACAGUGAGAAGAAGAAUGAUGAUGCAGUCAGGGCUCAAGAAGAGCGAAGUAAAGUAUAAAAAUACUUUGGACUGCUGGGUGAAAAUUUUCAAGACUGAAGGGCCACGCGCUUUCUUCAAAGGAGCUUUGUCUAAUGUUUUUCGUGGUAUGGGAGCGGCUCUUGUAUUAGUAUUCUAUGAUGAACUUAAAGCAAUAUUUUGAAAAGUAUGAUCAUUACACAAAUUUUUAUGUA